CGGGGGGCAUGGACUCGGGCGGCAGGAACUCCUCGGGGGCGCCCAACAGCACGACGCUGAGCGAGGCGCAGGGCAGCGCCAUCCUCAUCUCCUUCAUCUACUCCGUGGUGUGCCUGGUGGGGCUGUGCGGCAACUCCAUGGUCAUCUACGUGAUCCUGCGCUACGCCAAGAUGAAGACGGCCACCAACAUUUACAUCCUCAACCUGGCCAUCGCGGACGAGCUGCUCAUGCUGAGCGUGCCCUUCCUGGUCACCUCCACGCUACUGCACCACUGGCCCUUCGGCUCGCUGCUCUGCCGCCUGGUGCUCAGCGUGGACGCCAUCAACAUGUUCACCAGCAUCUACUGCCUGACGGUGCUGAGCGUGGACCGCUACAUCGCCGUGGUGCACCCCAUCAAGGCGGCCCGCUACCGCCGGCCCACCGUGGCCAAGAUGGUGAACCUGGGCGUGUGGGUGCUGUCCAUCCUCAUCAUCCUGCCCAUCAUCAUCUACUCCAACACGGCGGCCAACAGCGACGGCACGGUAGCCUGCAACAUGCUGAUGCCCGAGCCCACGCAGAAGUGGCUGGUGGUCUUCGUGGUCUACACCUUCCUCAUGGGCUUCCUGCUGCCCGUGGUGGCCAUCUGCCUCUGCUACAUCCUCAUCAUCGCCAAGAUGCGCAUGGUGGCGCUCAAGGCCGGCUGGCAGCAGCGCAAGCGCUCGGAGCGCAAGAUCACGCUCAUGGUCAUGAUGGUGGUCAUGGUCUUCGUCAUCUGCUGGAUGCCCUUCUACAUCGUGCAGCUGGUCAACGUCUUCAACGUGGAGCAGGACGACGCCACCAUCAGCCAGCUCUCCGUCAUCCUGGGCUACGCCAACAGCUGCGCCAACCCCAUCCUCUACGGCUUCCUCUCGGACAACUUCAAGCGCUCCUUCCAGCGCCUGCUCUGCCUCAGCUGGAUGGACAACGCCGCCGAGGAGCCGGUCGACUACUACGCCACCGCCCUCAAGAGCAGGGCGUACAGCGUGGAGGACUUCCCGCCCGACCGCUUGGAGUCGGGCAGCGUGUACAGGAACGGCACCUGCACCUCGCGGAUUACCACGCUCUGAGGGCGGGCGGGCCGGCGGGGCCCGGGGUGAAGCCGCACCCCUGCUCC